AUGUUCAAGCGGCCAGUCCUGAGACCGGUUCUCGUAAAUGACAGAGAGAAGGAAAGGCGAACUCUCAUUCAGCACCUGACGGAGGAUCUCCCAAAGUCGGAUUCCAGAAUGCUCAACAUUCUUGGCAUCAUUGGCCAUGGCAGCUAUGGAAAGGUGCAUUUAUGCAAGAAGAAUGGACAACAUGUUGUGCUGAAGGAAUUAAUUGAUUGUAGUGAUGAAAAGAACAUCCGCCUCAUAAUAAAGGAAGCCAGGCUAUUGAAUAGCAUAAGACAUCCCAAUAUAGUGCAGUUCAAUAGUGUUUUCCAUGACUCCGAAAAUGGCUCCCUCCCCAUGAGAAAUGGUUUCAUCAUGGAGUAUGUACACUUCAGUUUUAAGCCAUUGAAUAUGGACAAAGAUGUAUCAUCUCUAACAGACUUUCUGAACAUCGUAGACCAAUACGAUGGUGUUGGUUUUGAACAUGUGAGCAAGUUUAUUGCCAAGGACAUCGUCAGUGCAUUGGCUUUCUUACACAGCAAAGAUGUUGUUCAUAGGGACCUGCAAAUGUUCUAG